GGAGUCCGCCAAACUCUUCGUAUCCUCUUCCAAAAAUUCGGUCAUUCCCCACCCUCGAAAGGACUCUCGCUCCAGUAUGUUAUAAAGUUCAAUGGAAAUGGGAUAUCGGUGCUGCCGGUGUGUUGUGGCAAAUCAACAAGCUAUUAACACUUUUCGUUCCUGCGAAAGUUGUUGCUCGGUUUGCUACAUCGUUCGCGUUGCAUCAGUUCCAUUCUAGGUUUAUCUCGAACUUUUGCUCGGAUCAUCGUUCGUGGCAGUUGCCGUUAUUCGUUCGUUCGUCGUUAAUGUCCCAUUUUUAAGUUGAAUUUUUGGCCGAUUUUAUUACCUUGUUUCUGCGAGUGUGUGGAUGGAAAGUGGGUCAGUGCUCUUCGCACCAAUUUGUAUUUCUUGUGUCGAUUCAAAUAUGCCUGCGAAUUCGGAUUACAUCUCCGAAUCUAAUAUGGGUUGAUAAUAGAAGUUUCUUGAUUUACGUUCCUUGGGAUGAGAUUAUAUACAAAGAAAACAGAAGGAAGAACAUCUAUAGCGAUGCAAGACGCGGUAGUAGAAGACAGUUUUACGAAUCCUUUUACCGGCAUCGAAGGCUGAGAGUUUGGAGAAGAAAGGGAUUUCGCUCGCGGAAUGCGGGAAUGUUAGAUAGAAUCAGGACGAAAUAGAAGGAAGGAAGCGUGACAGAGAAAGAAAGAGAGCUGUGAGACACGAAAAGAACUAGGAACAAAAUAAGAGAAGAAAUAGAGAGAGGGAUGGGCGCUGGGAUGGGUAGGAGUGGCACGAGUGGCGGUCUUCUUGAGGCACUUCCCACGGGAACUCCGUUCCAUGUGGCAAUGCUUGGUCUCGACAGUGCUGGAAAGACAACCGCCCUGUACAGACUCAAAUUCGAUCAAUAUCUCAAUACUGUGCCGACCAUCGGUUUUAACUGCGAGAGAAUUCGCGGCGGCAUUGGAAAAGCUAAAGGUGUCAAUUUCCUUGUCUGGGAUGUGGGUGGACAGGAAAAGUUGCGGCCGCUAUGGAAAUCGUAUACGAGAUGCACAGACGGUAUUAUUUUCGUCGUUGACUCCUGCGAUACCGAGAGGCUUGAAGAGGCAAAAAUGGAACUCACUAGAACAGCGAGGAGUCCGGACAAUGCGGGUGUACCGAUUCUAAUUCUUGCCAACAAACAAGAUUUACCUGGCGCAAAGGAAGUUGGCGAAUUGGAAAAGUAUUUGGGAGUAUUGGAACUAACUGGAAUGCCUGGUAGUUCUUGCAUUCGCGUGCAACCAGCAUGUGCUAUCACGGGCGAGGGACUCCACGAGGGCUUGGACACACUAUAUCAACUGAUUUUAAAGCGACGCAAGCUGGUUAAACUGAAUCGGAAGCGGGCCAGGUAGGCCAGGGCCUCGGAAGACUGCACAUGCGUCUUCUGAUAUUGCCAAUUGCGGACAGUCUCUUCCCCGACGACAUUCUCCACAACUUCCGCUUCAUCCUUCUUCUUCAAUUGUGAUGGGGAAACAGCACAUACACAUACACACAGUGACUUGAAAGGAGCGAAUGGUGGUGUCAAAUCUUCUUUUGACUUUUGUUCGCGGUGAAGUUGAUGCUGUCGAAGCGUUGUAGAGCUUUUUGCAUGUGUAUGUAUGUAUGUAUGUAUGUAUGUAUGUAUGUAUGUAUGUAUGUA